GGGGCGGCACCGGGGAAGAGGCACCCGGAAGGGAAGCGCGCCAGGCUCCCCGCGCGGCAGAAAAGCGAAAGUCAAGCUAUGUCAACCAACUUAAAGUACCUUUCCUUGGGGAUAUUGGUCUUCCAGACAACAAGCUUGGUCUUAACUAUGCGUUACUCUCGGACACUGAAAGAGGAAGGACCCCGUUAUUUAUCUUCAACGGCAGUAGUUAUUGCUGAGCUUAUGAAGAUCAUGGCCUGCGUUUUGUUGGUUUACAAAGACAGCAAGUGCAAUUUAAGAGCACUCAACAGAGCGCUACAUGAUGAAAUCCUUAACAAGCCAAUGGAGACCCUUAAGCUUGCUAUUCCAUCAGGGAUUUAUACACUACAGAAUAACCUCCUGUAUGUCGCCUUGUCAAAUCUAGAUGCAGCCACUUACCAGGUCACGUAUCAGCUGAAAAUUCUUACCACCGCAUUGUUCUCUGUUUCCAUGCUCAGUAAAAAAUUAGGGAUGUAUCAAUGGCUUUCAUUAGUGAUUUUGAUGACUGGAGUUAUAUUUGUACAGUGGCCAACUGAAUCACAAGUGGGAGCCAUGAAAGAACUUUCAGCAGGAUCCCAGUUUGUGGGCCUUGUGGCAGUCCUUAUCGCCUGCUUUUCAAGUGGAUUUGCGGGAGUUUAUUUUGAAAAAAUCUUGAAAGAAACAAAACAGUCAGUAUGGAUUAGGAAUAUUCAGCUGGGAUUUUUUGGCAGCAUAUUUGGAUUGAUGGGUGUGUAUAUUUACGAUGGGGAACCGGUAUCGAAGAAUGGUUUUUUCCAGGGUUAUAACAACCUCACCUGGAUAGUUGUAGUUCUGCAGGCACUUGGAGGCCUUGUGAUAGCUGCUGUAAUAAAAUAUGCAGACAACAUUUUAAAAGGAUUUGCGACAUCUUUGUCUAUUAUAUUGUCAACGUUAAUCUCAUAUUUCUGGCUGCAAGAUUUUGUCCCUACAAGUGUCUUUUUCUUUGGAGCUGUUCUUGUAAUAGCGGCCACAUUCCUAUAUGGGUAUGAUCCAAAGCCUGUGGGGAAUACUGUGAAAGCAUAGCAGACUCUUCCAUGCCAGCCUGUUUUGCCAAGACUGUUCAUUCAAGGACCUCCAAAUAACUCUGUACGGAGCACUUCACCAAGCACUGGAACAAAAGAGUUUACACUGUAUUUGAAGA